AUGUCAGAGCAACCAAACCUUCACUUCGAGACUCUCCAGCUCCAUGCUGGCCAUGAGCCUGAUUCAGCCACUAAUUCCCGAGCUGUGCCUAUCUAUGCUACCACCUCAUACGUCUUCAAUGACUCGGCCCAUGGCGCGAGGCUAUUUGGCCUCAAAGAAUUCGGUAACAUCUACAGCAGAAUCAUGAACCCUACUGUGGAUGUGUUUGAGAAGCGCAUUGCUGCCCUUGAGGGUGGUGUUGCCGCCAUCGCUGCCUCGUCAGGCCAAGCUGCCCAGUUUAUGGCUAUAUCAGCCCUGGCUCAGGCUGGCGACAACAUCAUCGCAACCAGCAACCUGUACGGUGGUACCUACAACCAAUUCAAAGUUACCUUCCCACGACUGGGUAUUGACACCAAGUUUGUCAAGGGUGACAACCCCGUUGAUAUCGCCGCCGCCAUCGACGACAAGACUAAGGCUAUCUACGUUGAAACGAUCGGUAACCCGCGGUAUAACGUGCCUGACUUCGAGGCCAUUGCCAAGGUGGCCCACGAUCAUGGUGUUCCAUUGGUAGUGGACAACACUUUCGGAGCGGGUGGCUACUUCGCGCGACCUAUUGACCACGGUGCCGAUAUCGUCGUGCACAGUGCCACAAAGUGGAUCGGUGGACAUGGAACCACGAUCGGUGGUGUGGUUAUCGAUAGUGGCAAGUUUGACUGGGGCAAGAAUGCUGCUCGCUUUCCACAGUUUGUGGAGCCUUCACCAGGCUACCACGGACUUAAAUUCUGGGAGACCUUUGGCCCGCUUGCUUUUGCGCUCCGUGUACGAGUUGAAGUUCUGCGUGAUAUUGGAGCAACUUUGAAUCCUUUCGCGGCGCAGCAACUGAUCCUUGGUCUGGAAACUUUGAGUCUGCGAUGUGAGAGGCACGCUAGUAAUGCUCUUGCUCUGGCUAAGUGGUUGAAGAACCAUGAGCAGGUGAGCUGGGUUGCGUACCUCGGUCUCGAGGAGCACCCUUCUCACGAGCUUGCAAAGAAGUACUUGACUCGUGGAUAUGGUGGUGUGUUGUCUGUGGGUAUCAAGGGCGGUGCUGCGGCUGGUAGCCAGGUUGUUGAUGGGUUCAAGUUGAUUUCCAAUCUUGCCAAUGUUGGUGACUCCAAGACCCUGGCCAUCCACCCCUGGUCCACAACUCAUGAGCAACUCAGUGAUGAAGAGCGUACUGAUUCCGGUGUGCUCGAGGAUGCCAUUCGCAUCUCAGUCGGCACAGAACAUAUUGAUGACAUAAUUGCCGAUUUCGAGCAGUCUUUUCGUGCUCUCAAGGCUGCUAACUGA